ACAGUGACUGCAACUUCUCUGCUCAAUCGUUGACUAUCAUUACUUGACCAGAAAGAAAGUUACCACUUCAAUAAUACUCAAAGAGGGGUUGGCGGCUAUAGCACACUGCUUCCGGGAACCUUCCUCACUGCAAAAAUGGAUCAUCUAUAAAUUCUAUAUGAAAGUGAAAGAGUAUAACCCCAAAUCAUCGAACACACCUUCAUGCUCGGAGUCUCCAAGGUACUCUGCAACAAAACUUGUACUUGGCUUUGUCCGCAGUUAGAUUCAUCAAUGUUUUGUUUUCACUCUGAUUGAUUCUUCUUUGUUCUUUACAAUUCAUGGAUAUUAUUAUCCAAAACUCCUUGCUUGUUGUUAUUCUCCCUUUGUUCCUCUGUUCCUGUUCUGUCUUUGGUUCCAUUAAGUGAUCAAAGUUUCUUAGUUUCAUUGCCAAUUGUUCCUGUUCUGUUGUAACAAUCUAAUCUUUUGGUCCAGUUUUGGUCUGAGCUUUCAAUAUGCUUACCCCAAACUCCUUUCUGCAAGAUCUACAUGGUCCUAACUCACUAUUUUCGGAUCUGAACCCAGUAACAAAUGGGUUUGAGUUCGAUGAUAAUUCAUCUUCUCCUUCUUCUGGCACAAGCUCAAGUGGUGAUUCCUCUGAUGUGAAUAGAUUUUCCAAUCCUAUUCUCAGAUACAUCAGUGAUGUUCUCAUGGACGAGGAGGAUGACUUGGAGCGCAAACCCUGCAUGUUGCAGGAAUGUUUAAAGCUCCAAGCUGCUGAAAAAUCCUUCUAUGAUGUUCUUGGCCAUGAAUAUCCUUCAUCCAAAGAUGAAAACAACAUAGACUGCACAUACCCAGAUGGAAGUUUUGCACCAAGUGUUAGUUUUGAGAGCAAUAGCAGCUGCACCACUGAUAACUCAUAUGAAUCUGAUUGGGGAAACAUUGUUGGUGAUUUUGAAUCUUCUUUGCUACCCCCACAAACCCCUAUAGUUGACUCCCUAGAAAAUACCAACAAUUUAGAUCCUUUCCCAUUUGGAGAGUCACAGUCUGGUGGCCCUUUUCACAAUGGAACCUGGGGUGUCAUUCAGAGACUGAUGAUUGAAGAGGGCUCAGAAUCACAACCCAGAGAAAAGAGAAGUCAUCAGAUAGAUGAUACUUCUUAUGAACAAGAGGGAAGAGAAAGCAAAAUUUCAGCUUUUUCUUCUUAUAUUUCAGAGUCAGCAGAGAUAUUGGAGGAGGUACUGCUUUAUCAAACAGGAAAAAAUCAACCUCCCCUUUGUGGUGGUGCUGCUGAACCAUCUUCACAGAAAGUUGAUUCAGGAAGAUCCAAAUCCAAUGGAAAAGCAUCGCGGCGUUCAAAGAAAGGAUCCACCAAGUUGACAGCUACAGCUACAAGUGUGGAUUUGUGGACACUGCUAACUCAAUGUGCACAAGCUGUGGCAAGCUAUGACCAAAGGAAUGCAAAUGAAAUCCUCAACCAGAUUAGGCAACACUCUUCACCUUCAGGCGAUGGACUCGAGCGUUUAGCUCAUUACUUUGCCAAUGGCCUUGAGACAAGGUUAUCUGCUGGGACACCAUCAUACAAAUGUGGCCUUGAUGAGGCAACUGCUGCAGACAUGUUGAAAGCUUAUAAGCUAUUUGUAACCUCAUCUCCUCUGCAGAGAAUGUCAAAUUUGUUGACAACAAAAACUAUUCUCAAACUAGUGAAGAAUGAGAGCAGUGUUCAUAUCAUUGAUUUUGGCAUCUGCUAUGGCUUCCAAUGGCCUUGCCUCAUCAAAUCACUCUCAGAAAGACAUGGCGGUCCUCCAAGGCUUCGUGUAACCGGAAUUGAGCUUCCUCGGCCCGGGUUUCGGCCGGCAGAGAGGGUGGAGGAGACUGGGCGGCGACUGGAGAACUACUGCAAGAAGUUCAAGGUUCCAUUUGAAUACAACUGCCUUGCAAAGAAAUGGGAGACUAUCAAACUUGAGGAUCUCAAGACAGACAAAACUGAAAUAACUGUUGUUAACUGUUUGUAUAGGAUGAAGAACCUGCCUGAUGAAAUUGAGAAUGUGAACUGUCCAAGAGAUGUUUUGUUGAAGCUGAUCAGGAAGAUCAAUCCAAACAUCUUCAUCCAUGGGAUUGUCAAUGGAACUUACAAUGCACCGUUUUUCCUGACUCGGUUUAGGGAGGCACUGUUCCAUUUCUCAUCAUUGUUUGAUAUGUUUGAGGCUAAUGUGGAUCGCGAAGACCCGCAAAGGGUGAUGCUUGAGAAAGCGUUGUUUGGAAGGGAUGCCAUCAAUGUGAUAGCUUGUGAGGGGGCAGAGAGGGUUGAAAGGCCUGAGACUUACAAGCAGUGGCAGAUUAGGAACAGAAGAGCUGGGUUCAAGCAAGUCCGGUUGGAUCCCGAGUUAGUGAAACAAGCCAAAGCAAUGGUGAAGAGGGAAUAUCACAAAGAUUUUGUAGUGGAUGAGGAUGGCAAGUGGGUUUUGCAGGGGUGGAAAGGGCGUAUUCUGAAUGCUAUUUCUGCUUGGGUUCCUGCUUAAGCAAUGACCAAAAUGUGUUUAGUAUAACUUGUAGUGCAUGUUUGGAAAAUCUUCCAAACAAUUCUGGGGAGAAGCUCGUGUGAGUAGUUUUUGAAUGUCAGAAUUGAUUCUGAGGAAAGAUAAUCUGAUCCAAACAUACUAGUAAUCCAGUAGUAGGCAUGUUGAAAAUAUGCAAUGAACUUCCCUGAAAACGGCUUUGCUACCA